AUGUCUCCCGCGCCCCUCACGUCGGACCUUCUCUUCGCCGCCCUCGCGGGAACUGUGGUCGGAGCCGCCGUCGUUGCUGCCGCUGCAUUUUCCGCCACGUGCUUCGCGGUCUCCCGAGCCUCCGCCACCUCCGCAAGCCUUUCUCCGCCUGACCUGGCUUGCUGUCGCUGCGCCAGGUCCGCGCAGCCUGCGCAGGAGCGCGAGCAAGAGCGCGGUGAUAGGCCGGCGCGGCGCGCCCAGGUGCGCGCUGAUAGGCCAGCGCCGUGCAGCCGUUGCCGUGAUUCCGGCGCGGCCUGCGAUAACCAACGGACCGACUGCGUCGUUGGCGGAGGGCAGGGCGGAGAUACGCCGGUUGCGGAACCGGUAGUGUUGCGGAAGGGGGAAAACCACGCGCAGAGGAAAGGCCACGCGCAGGAAGAAUGCCACGCGGAGGGGGGAAGCCAGGCGCAGGGGGGAGGACACGCGCAGCACGUGAACGGAGAGACGAAAGGGAGCAGCGAAGAGCAGCACGUGAAUGGGAACGCGAAAGAGAGCAGCGAAGAGCAGCACAUGAAUGGAGAGCAGCGAAUGAGAGACGCUGCCCCGCGAAUGGCGAUCACUCGUUGCGCCACGGCGGGAGGAUGCGCGGAGGUUGGACGGGCGGCGGAGAGAGAAGGCGGGGAAGGGGAGGGGAGCGAGGGGAAUGAUGGAGGAUUGGGGGAGGAAGGGACGGGGAAGCAGCAUCGGAGGAAGAACGAUCCCUAUGAUGCGAGGAAGAGGAAAGGGUUUCUGUCAUGGGAUGAUUACUUCAUGGCUAUGGCGUUCCUCUCCGCUCAACGAUCCAAGGACCCCAACAGACAGGUAGGAGCAUGCAUUGUCGGCAGCGACCACGUCAUUGUGGGCAUCGGAUACAAUGGCUUUCCCCGGGGCAUUUCUGACGACCUUCUGCCCUGGGCCAAGGUGGGGCGCAGUGGGGCAUGGUGGGCCAAGCUCUCAGCAAACAACGACCCGCUCGAAACCAAGUACCCCUAUGUGUGUCAUGCGGAGGUCAAUGCGGUGCUCAACAGAAACCAUGCCUCCGCGCUCGACCAGCGCCUCUACGUGACCAUGUUCCCAUGCAACGACUGCGCUAAAGUGAUCAUCCAGGCUGGGAUCAAAGAGGUCAUUUUCUACUCUGACAAGCCACCCACUCGCAAUCCCAAGGACCUUGCAUACGCUGCUUCCAGGAAACUGCUGGAGCUGGCAGGGGUGAAGGUAAGCUCUUCCCCACCUUCCCACCAGCCUCUCCUCUCCUCUCUGCCUCUUGCUUUCAGCAACCCUCCUCCCCAUUGCACGCUCGUGUCUCUUCUACCAUGUCUCCUCGUCUCCAUAUCCCCUCUGUAUCCCCCCCGCAUCCUCAUCUCUCUCACAACACACGUGCCAUCAGGUGUGGCAGCACAGCCCGCAGCAGACAUCACUCACCCUUACCUUCUCCUAAAAGCGGGACCCGGUUCACUAAUAGAAGCAACAUAA